UCCCUAUUUUCUGCAAUAUUUGAUAGUCAUUCAGAUAUAUAUUUUAUGUGGGUCUUUAAAAAAUCUUUAAUUUUCAGACAAAUUAGAUUAGUGAAGUGGGUUUCAAUUGAUUCUUGGUAUAUGACCAUGUAAAGUUAUUACUUUUAUGAUUGAAUUAGAAUUUGUUGUAUUGAAUGCUGAAAUAUCUGUGUUUAUUUAGUUGAAAAAUGCUUCUUUGGUCCAAAUUCAUUAAAGGGCUUUAAAAGGUUGAGAACUUUAGAUGCUGAGCUGUCCCUCCCAUUUACCCCAAUUGAGAGGAUUCAUGUAACCGACCCUAACUUGUUUCGAGAAAUUCUCUAUGGCUAGGGACGCAUGGUGUGAAACUCGAUGGAUAAUGGACUCACUCCUCUACUUUUUUUCUACUUAAAUACGAGGCCAGACGUUCAAACCCGUCACGUGCGCUUAACCUGCCCCUUUUUAUCUGUUUCUGUUUACCUAGAACUUGUCUGGUUGUAAAGAUUUGAGGGUCACAUGGAUAUACCAAAAGGAGACAAGCUUGUGCUUAGGGGUUUAAAGUUCCAUGGAUAUCAUGGGGUGAAGCCAGAAGAGACGAAGCUGGGGCAGAAGUUCCUGGUUGAUGUUGAUGCUUGGAUGGAUCUUCGGCCAGCUGGUAAAUCUGACUGUUUGUCAGAUACUCUAAGUUACACUGAUAUAUACAAAAUAGUGAAAGAGAUUGUGGAGGGUCCACCUAGAGAACUUCUAGAGAAGGUGGCUGAGCUUAUAGCAUCUACAACGCUCGACAAGUAUCCACAGGUAUCUGCUGUUCGUGUUCAAGUUGGGAAGCCGCAUGUGGCUGUUCAAGGAUCUGUUGACUACUUAGGCGUCGAGAUCAUCAGACACAGAGGUCUUGAUGGUUAAAACCACGUCUUAUUGCUUGUAUUAAUUUUUGUAAUUCUAAUCCUGUUGUUCAAUAACCGUUUUGAUUGAAGCUAGUUCCUUUUUCAUGUUUAGUGUUUAAAAUCUUUUCCAUCUGCAUUUGCUCUUGUUAAAAAAACUAUCUGGAUUCCUGCUUCAAUAGAGGCCUGCAACUUUACCACAAAAGCUUUGUUGAGUACUUGAAUUUGGUUCUCUUAUAUAUGGUUACUUCAUCA